AUGAUCGACCCCCGAGAUUGUAGCUACAUCGCGUUAUCUUAACAGUCUGACUCGAUCAUUGUUCAGGAGAUGAAGAGAUCAAAGCCAACUUAUGUCCCCAGCCACGAGAUGACACCCGACCAUCUGACAUCCGACUGCAUCGACGAAGGGCUCGACAGACGACAAUCAGUUUCUUUUUGGCCGCAUUCAAAACCUACUGUCUCGGUGCGCAGAUACUGCCUGGAGAGAGCCGAUCGAUGGCGUCGAUGCCAAUCGUACCGCACAAGAUGAGGUCAUGGAAGAUACCGAUGGCCAUGGUGUGCAAGAACACGGCACUGAGUCGCAACAUCGUAGGGAAAAGCACUUGUUGUUUGUGAGUUCUCACCGAUUGUUUGUCUUGUCGUGCUCACACUUCAGACUUCGCAGCUUUCACGCACUCUGAUGGGGCAACUCGCGUACGCUUGCAGUCGUCGGAGCAACACCAUGCAACAUCGUAACGGUUUUUUCGCCUUGGCAUGCGGCGCAAGCAAACGCUGGACAACUUUUCUGCAAGAGUGA